UCUCUUGGAUCCAUUGCAAAUGGCUGCUAUGAAGUUUUUCCUUUUAAUCUGUAUAGUAUCUGUUGUCAGUCAAAAGAAGUAUGUCUCUGCUCUCCAAAGUGACCAGGUUUUAUGGGCUCUUCCACGAUCAGACAGUCAAGCUGAAUUCCUUCAGAAUUUGACUGCUACUUUUGAGAUUGUGCUUUGGCAACCUGAUUCACCCAAGAACAUAAUGAAGAACAAAGAAGUACAUUUCUACGUCAACAUAUCUGAUAUAAAUGAAGUGAAAGCUGCACUUAGCCAAUCUUCCAUUUUAUACAAAGUUUCGCUGGAAGAUGUUCAGAAAAUGAUUGAGACGCAGAUUGCCAAUGACACAGUCACCCCCCGUAGCUCUGCAUCAUUUUAUGAACAAUAUCAUUCUCUAAAAGUAAUAUACUUUUGGAUGGAAGAAAUGGCUGCGAAACAUGCUGAUAUCAUCCAAAAAAUACGCAUUGGGGUUUCCUAUGAGAAACGACCACUUUAUAUUUUGAAGCUUUCAGAUGGACAAAGAACACCCAAAAAUGCCAUUUGGAUAGAUUGUGGUAUCCAUGCCAGGGAAUGGAUUUCUCCUGCUUUUUGUCUCUGGUUCGUAGGAUAUGCGGCUCACUCCCUACAGACAAACAGAGAUGCAGGAAUGGUAAGACUACUACAGCAGCUUGAUGUCUAUGUCAUGCCGGUAAUGAAUGUGGAUGGCUAUGACUACACAUGGACUACGAACCGGAUGUGGAGAAAAAGCCGUUCCCUGCAUGACAACAACGUGUGCAUUGGUACAGACUUAAAUAGAAAUUUUGAUGCAGGCUGGUGUGGCAAAGGUGCAUCUGAUGAUGCGUGUGAACAGACAUACUGUGGACCUUACCCGGAGUCUGAACCAGAAGUAAAAGCUGUCGUUAAUUUUCUCAAAAAGCACAAGGAACAUGUUAAGGGAUAUAUAACAAUGCACUCUUAUUCCCAGAUGGUUCUGUUUCCAUAUUCCUAUACUAAAAAUAGAAGUAAAGAUCAUGAUGAACUGCAAAGUGUGGCAUUCAAAGUAGCUAAUACUAUGAAAGUUAAAUACCAAAACCGCUAUCAGGCAGGUGCUGGUGCGCAAACAAUCUAUUUAGCUCCAGGAGGUUCAGAUGAUUGGGCUUAUGACCUUGGGAUAAAGUAUUCUUUCACUUUUGAACUUCAAGACACAGGAAGAUAUGGAUUCUUGCUUCCUCAGAAUCUCAUUAAACCCACUUGCCAUGAAGCGCUCGCUGGAAUCAGAACUAUAGCUUCACAUGUCAUUAACAAUAUGUGAAAUACAGUAUUCUAUUUAGCUUUGCACAGUAUUGCAUCAGUUGACAUAUUUCACAAAAUGUGAAAUACUGAUUCAAGUUAUUUGUUAUUUUAAUUUCAAUAAAAACUGAU